UACAAGUAUAUUUGGGAUUAAUAAUGAUAUUUUUAUAUAGUUGAAUGAAGGUCAAUCCUAAUUGUGGUGUUUACAAUUUUAUUGUAGAAAUGGAGUCCAAAAAUAACAAAGUUCAAGGCCCAUAAGAGAGGACUCAAUUCAAGUGGACUUAACCCAGCCCAAUCAAAAUAAAAUAGAUUGGAAAGAUUAAUGAAGGGAGCAAAAUCUAUGGAAGACGUCUCUUGCUGUGAAGAAAUCCCGAAUUGGAAACACAUCUGUACUGCCCUUCGUAUUUUCACCAUAUCUCCCUCAUCCGAUGUCAUAUUGAGCUGAUUCAAGAGGCCUUGGAAAGAUAAUUUAACGUGCUACAAUUUCUCAUGAAAUAGAGAUUUUGAAAUUCUCACGUUUUCUAAGUGAAAAAUGGCCCACAAUCCAAGGAUAAAAAUCUGUGAAUUGAAGAGGCGAAUUCGGGAUUGAUUCUUUCUUUUCCUGGUGAAGAUGGCUUGAAAGGAGUGGAAGAGGAAAAAAAAAAGCAGGGGACGACCAAGAAGGCUAGGACCUAGGUGGAUCGAUUCUUUUUCUUCCCUUUUGGCUAUCAAAAGAGGGAAGCCACUCCAAGAAAACGGGAGACCAGAUUCACCGAGUUUUGCUUAGUACAUGAGAAGCAAAAAGAGCUUGGAAUUGCUGCCUUAUGAUCCAGAAAUUGAAAAAACAGCAAAAAGACUGAGGAAAAAGUAGCGAGAAGCUCGAAAAAAUUCAAACACUAUGGCAGACAACGAGAAUCCAAGACAUGACACACGAGCUCUAAGGGAUUUUGCUCUACCACAGGUCACAGGAAUCAAUUCAGUCAUUAGGAAACCUAGUAUUGCAGCCAACAACUUUGAGAUUAAGCCAGCUAUCCUACAAAUGAUCCAAACAUCAAUUCAAUUCCAUGGAUUUCCGAGUGAUGAUCCCAAUGCCCAUAUAGCAAGUUUUCUGGAAGUUUGUGACACCUUCAAGCAAAAUGGUCUUACUGAUGAUGCCAUUCGCCUCCGGCUAUCUCCUUUCUGUCUUCGAGAUAGAGCAAAAAGUUGGCUAAAUUCAUUACCUGCAGAUUCAAUCACUAGUUGUGAAGAUUUAGAUCAGAAGUUUCUCGCUAAAUUUUUUCCACCAGCAAAGAUGUGCAAUGAAAUUUCAAAUUUUUCUCAAUUGGAGGGUGAAACACUUUACGAGGCUUGGGAGCGAUAUAAAGACCUACUCAGGCGAUGCCCUCACGAUGGAUUGUCGAAGUGGAUGCAAGUUCAGAACUUCUAUAAUGGACUUGCUGCCUCUAUAAGAACUCUAAUAGAUGCUUCUUCAGGAAGAGCAUUUAUGGGCAAAUCCCUAGACGAUGCAUAUGAUCUGUUGGAGGAGAUGGCGAUGAACAACUAUCAAUGGCCAAAUGAGAGAAUUUUACCGAAGAAAGAAGUAGGAGUGCAUGAGGUUGAAGCUAUCACUACCUUGAUAGCUCAAGUCCAUAAUCUUACUCAACAAUUGAAAACCAACCAACUGACAGCAAAUGCCAUUCAAUUGACACCACCGGCUUGUGAUUUUUGUCAUGGAAACCAUCCGAGUGAAGAAUGUCAAGUGGGAAAUCCUUUCUUUCAAUCCCAAGCGGAGCAAGCACACUUUGUUGCAAAUUAAAAUCGGCAAAACAAUCCA